UAUAAGUUUCUUUCUUUUCUCCUCCUCCAUCUUCUUCUUCUUCCCUUUUUUUUUUUGACAAAUCUUCUUCUUCUUCUUCUUCCUCCUUCCUUGCUUGAUACCAACGUGUUAUCCUUAUCCCAUCCCUUAAUCUGCUUCUUCAUUAACUAAUCAGACCACUUCAUCUCUAUCAAUCGUAACCUGUGCUCUGUAGUCUGUAUUGAAGGUGUGAUUCAUUGUAGAGCGAGAAAACGACUGUUGGAGCUUAAAGAUGCGGAUUUUGUGCGAUGCAUGCGAGAACGCAGCCGCUAUCGUCUUCUGCGCCGCCGAUGAAGCUGCCCUUUGCCGCCCCUGCGAUGAAAAAGGAAGGGUUUUGUCCCCAAAGUAUGUAUUUACUAUUUAGCAUAGCUUGUGGAGAAAGAAUAUAGCUCUUUGUCCUUACAUCAGUUAGGUGACUCUUAAUAAGGGUACAUAUGUGCAAUAAGCUAGCUAGUCGGCAUGUACGUGUAGGUUUAGCCGAACCAAGCAAUGCCCCUUGCUGCGAUAUAUGCGAAAAUGCACCUGCCUUCUUUUACUGUGAGAUAGACGGUAGUUCGCUUUGUCUGCAAUGUGACAUGGUAGUACAUGUUGGUGGCAAGCGAACGCACGGGCGGUUUCUUUUGCUCAGACAGAGGAUAGAGUUUCCAGGGGACAGGCCUAAACAAAACAACGCUAGAGACAAUAUGCAAAACCAAAGAGUCUCUGCAAGUGCAAACGGUGAAGCUAAUGGCAAGACUGACGAUGAAAUGAUUGAUCUAAAUGCUAACCCGCAGAGAGUACAUGAACCAUCAUCAAAUAACCAAGGUAUCGAUGUAAAUAACACGAACAAUCACGAGCCUGCAGGUGUUGGACCCUUUAAACGAGAGUCUGAGAAGUGAUAAGAGUUUCGGUGUAUGGGAAGCUUUGUUGUUGAAGAAAGAAGAAAGGCUUGUCUUGUUUGUGAAUUAUCUUAGUUUAAAGGAAAGGGCUCACAUGAAUGUAAAAGCUAAUAUAAUCUGAAAUUUCUCAGUAACUUAUUUAUUUUCAUUUUUCUUAUUAUUAAAACUAUUUUGGAAUACUAUAUUAGACCAAUUAGGAAAAAUAUAAGCCAAAUCGAUUAUGUAAGAAACCAUGGCAACAUAU